AUGUUGAAACUCGACGUUCUACAUCUGGAUAUGUGUUCCAGAUACAGAACAACACGAUUAGUUGGUGCAGUAAAAGGCAAGCAUCCGUUUCAAGAUCAACAACAGAAGCAUGCAGAGUACAUUGCCUUGAGUACUGCAUGUCAAGAAGCAGUUCGGCUCAGAAGAUUCCUUUCUGAUAUUGGUUUGAAGCAAGAUGUUCCAUCGACAAUCUUCGAGGACAAUCAAGGGGCGAUUGAACUCUCUAAGAAUAACAAAUUUCACAAUCGCACUAAACAUAUUGACGUUUCUUUUCAUUUUAUAAGAGAACAAGUCAAUCGUAAUAUAGUUUGUGUUAAGUAUUGUCGAACUGAGAACAUGCUAGCUGAUGUAAUGACAAAAGCUUUACCAAAGGUAUCUUUUGACAGGUUUAGAGACAUGAUGGGAGUAAAAGACAUUGUAUGA